GAGGCGGUGCCAACAUCUGAAUAAGGCUGGAUGGCUAAAGCACGCACAGAGGUGUUUUCAUUUGCCACUUGUUGCCUCGUUACACCUGGUUUACUGCCACUAACCUGUCUGGGCUUGACCACAUUGUUUCCUGUUUGAGGGAACCCAUUGUGGAGUUAUUGCACACAGUGGGGGAGGUAACUUACCAGAAUUCCUCUAUUACUGUUCAGUUGAUGUGUGGAAAUAGCUGUACAGAGGGGGAGUCGAGGUGAAGGAAAGAGUUGAAACGGGCAGAUAGAGGACACAGGACAGUAGCGACAGGUUUAGAGACUUCUUCUUUACCCUUCACCUUUUUCAUCCUCCGGCUCUUCCUCCAUCAUGACUGCCAGGCAGACAGUCAUGCUCCUGAUGGUGGUGGUGGUCCUCUCACUGCCAGGCUUCAUUCACAGCUUCCAGCCACUCUUCUCAUUUGAUGGAAAUUCCACCACUCACCGUGACAUCACACAACGGGCCGUCCUCAGGAAGACGGCCGAGGUCUGCCGGGAUAUCGCUGCCUCUGAGGGACGGGAUUUCAGCCUGACUAUUGAUGACAGCCUGUCAGCUGACAUGGUGCAAAGGGCCUGUUCCUCUACAGGUACUUCCACAUCUCUCCUCUCUAGUGUCUUGUUCCAAACUGCAAUUGCCAAUAUGUACUUCAGCAAUGCAAAAGUGGACGUGGUGUACGCCCUGAGUGAGGAGCACCAUUUUGAUGAUGAGACCUUCCAGGGAGGACGGGAUGUCAUCACAGCAGGUGUGUCUGCUGUCAAGGCCAGUGUGAAGCUGGAGAAUUUUGUCGCAGGGAGAUGGACUCUCGGACGAGUCCUUCACACCUUACAGGACUUCUACAGCCACAGUAACUGGGUGGAGCUGGGGAACAAUGCUCCUUACAGCAUUCUGAUCAGACCAGACCAGCCUCUUGAGAACCUGGCAGACCCAAGUACUCCAACCUGUAGAAACUGUACAGGAGGGAACUGUGCCAACAACCUCCUGCCUGACCUCCUGCAGCAGGGGCUUCUCACAUCGGGCUACUUCAACAUCUUCUCCUCAGCAAAACCUACAGGUAAAUGCAGCCAUGGUGGUUCAUUUGACAAGACAAGCAAACGGGACCCAGUGGGGGGUAUCAGUAAGGAUGACGUUGGGUCUAGUCAUGGCUCACUUCACCACAAGGCAGCUGAUUUGGCUGUGAAUGCCACUAUGGAGCUACUGGAGGACAUCAGAGGAGCUGUCGGAGACAAGAACUUCCUGCGACUGAUGGGCCUCUCCCAGUCCUCUGUGCUGUGCUUCGUCAUUGACACCACAGGCAGUAUGAGUGAUGACAUCGCCGAGGCCAAGAGAGUUUCCUUCGACAUCAUUGACAGUAAGAGGGGAACCCAGCAGGAGCCCUCUGCCUACAUAUUGGUACCUUUCAAUGACCCAGGUUUUGGACCUCUGAUUAUGACAACCAAUGCAGAUGUAUUCAAAGAUAGCAUCAACAUGCUGUCUGCCAAUGGAGGAGGGGACGUGCCAGAGUUGUGCUUGUCUGGACUGCAGCUUGCCCUGACUGCAGCUCCACCCUCCUCUGAGAUCUUUAUUUUCACCGAUGCUCCAGCUAAAGAUGCCCAUCUGAAGAGCACCAUCACUGCCCUUAUAGAGAGCACCAAGUCUGUGGUUACUUUCAUGCUGACAGACGUCCUGGCCAGUAGACGGCGCCGUAGAAGCGUUCAAGGUGGGAUUUCACGUGCAAUGAGCCAAUCGGAUGCCCAGCUGUAUCGAGACCUAGCCCGAGCCUCUGGGGGUCAGGCCAUUGAGGUCACUAAGUCAGAUCUUUCUGUUGCUACAAGUGUUAUCGAGGAUUCAUCAGCCAGCGCUGUGGUGACAGUUUUCCAGGUAGUGAGGAAUCCUGGAAUUCCUGACAAUUUCACAUUUACUGUUGAUGGUUCAUUAAGGAACAUGACUGCGUACGUCACAGGGGCCUCAUCUCUCACGUUCAGUCUCACCAGCCCCACAGGUGUAUCUCAGAGUUCCAGUCAGUCCAGUGGUCCUCUGGCAUCUCUCACUACAGCAGGAAACCUGCGUCGUUUAAGCCUCGACACAGACAAUCAAACAGGGUCAUGGCAAAUCAGCGUUAACUCCAAUAGUCCCUACUCUGUUAAGGUCACAGGUCAAAGUUCGGUGAACUUCAUUUAUAACCUUGUGGAGGCGCAUGAAGGAGCUCACGGGGACUUCAGUCUGAAGGAGGGACGACCUCUUUCAGGUGGUAAUGCCAGCCUCUUGGUCUCUGUGACAGGAAGUGACACAGUAAAGGUCACAGAGGUCACUCUGUUUGACAGCUCAGGGCCAACGGAGGUCAACGGAUCACUACAGUCGAAGGGAAGUGGCAACUUCCUGGUGACAUUCAGUGGAGUACCACCAGGUGACUUUGUGGUCCGCCUGAAAGGAGAGGACAGCAGCUCCACCUCCAGGUCGGCACCGAGCAGCUUCCAGAGACAGGCCUCCACACAGAUCAAGACCUCCAGCAUCUCUGUGACUUCUCAAGCCAACAACACCAACGUAGAACCUGGCUCCACCGUCUCCAUCCCAUUCACCGUCACCACAUCCACCAACGGAGUUGUUAACGACUCUGCAACCGGGACGUUCACAGUACGAGCCAACAACGACCGCAGCUAUGCUUCCACCUCACCCAGCACGGUGACCAUAGCGACAGGAGGUGGAGGCGCGGCCAACGGCACUGUGACCUUAACUGUACCGUCCACUGCUGCGUCGGGAACAGACGUGACCCUCACAAUUGAGGCAGAAAACGCAGCUGCCACCGACGUCAACUACGCUGUGCUCAGGUUUUCUGUGGCUGCCAAGGUGACAGAUGUUACCCGCCCUGUGUGUCAGGAAGUCAGUACAUCAACCAGCUGUCCCUCCUCUUCGUCACUCUGUGCUUCCUCACAGUGGGAAUUCAUUGCUAAUCUCACCGAUGGCAUCAACGGGACCGGGAUCGAGAGCAUCACCGUCCGCCAGGGGAACGGUACCCUCAACACCAGCACGGUGGCUGGAGCAGAGGGCGAGAACAUUACAGUGGCUACCUACAGCGCCUCCUGCUGUUCACAGAAUGUAGAGCUGGCUGUCGUGGACAAAGUAGGAAAUGUGGGGAGGUGUGUGGGACAGGCUAGAGAAUCUACCACGUCUGCACCUGUGACUACAGCUGCACUUAACACAACAUCCACAGGAGGGCUCACUUUGAGCAUAUCACGCUGUCUCUGGAUCAGUGUUGCGGUUUCUCUCUUUUGGAAGUAAAAGAUAAAUGUAAAUCACACUGUAAAUAUAGCACAUGACUCAAGUCUUUAACCUUUUUAUUAUCUCUGCUUGAAGAGAAUAGAUUUAUUUACUGCCUAUGUGUUUUGGAUGUAUGAAAAAUUGAGAUACUUUGUACAAUUGAUUUAAAAUAAUGGCGGUGUGUAGAUCUGUUGCACUCAUAGCUAAGUGGUGAAGAUAAUGUAACAUAUCUCCUAAUCCAACUUCUUCCAAUUUACAAUUUACAAAUUAUAAUGAAUAUGUAUACAAUACAAGUAGUUUUAGAUUUUCAAUUUCUAGUUACAUUUCUUCUGAUGUGUAUCUUUAUAGUAAUUUUGAGAAACACUGUUGUAUUAAGGGGAUAUUGAAUUUCUAGACAGGUAUGUUUUUUGGUUUCUUUGUUCUAUUGACCGGUCUCAUGGUUUCUGUUUGAUAAAUGGUGAUGAACAAUAGGCUGAACUCCAUUCUUGACAGCUUCCUUACAGAAACCUGUGCCUGAUGUCAGACAUGCAUUAUCACUGAUAGCAAUUCUCUGUUCAGUUUUACUCUGUUCAGCAUACUCGAGAUGAGGAUGUAGGUAAACAACAGAAACACUUAUUUGCAACACAGUAGGGCAUGUGUGUGUGUGAAACAGUGCAAUCAUUAAUAUAUAACUCAUAAAAAUGGGUAAUAUUUAACAUGUGUGUCAUCAUGAACUGCCUAUUAAUGCAGUAAUGAAAGAAUUUAUUUCAGCUGUGUCUACAUGAAAUACAAAUACUAUGUCUUGGUAUUCUUUCUAUUUUCGAUGCACACUGUUUU